AUGUGCGUGGAGGGGCUGGACGACGCAGCAGGGAGGCUCGGCUUCGGAGACCAGGAGAUCGACAGGCGCCCCGGUGCCGCGAUGGAGAGAGUUUGUGAGAACACGGUGUCUGCUGAGUUCAAGCAGACUAAGCUGAACAACUUUGUCCCGUUCAUCCGGUCAGGGGAGUGGUCUGAUAUUGGAAGUCGCGAUUACAUGGAAGAUGCCCAUGUGUGCAUCUCUGAUCUGGCAAAGAAUUUUGGCUAUAACUCGGUGGAUGAUGAAGUAAUUUCCUUCUAUGGGGUGUUUGAUGGCCAUAAUGGCAAAGAUGCUGCCCAUUAUGUCCGUGAUAACUUGCCACGGGUCAUCGUGGAAGAUGCUGAUUUUCCUCUUGAGCUUGAAAAGGUAGUCAAGAGGUCAUUCGUGCAAACUGAUAGUAAGUUUGCAGAGAAAUUCUCUCAUCACAAGGGACUUUCUUCUGGAACGACAGCACUUACAGCAAUGAUUUUUGGAAGGUCCCUUCUGGUGGCCAAUGCCGGUGACUGCAGAGCAGUGCUCUCACGGCGUGGGACUGCCAUUGAAAUGUCCAAGGACCACAGGCCUUGCUGCGUCAAUGAAAGAAAGCGUGUAGAGUCACUUGGUGGCUAUGUCGAUGACGGUUACCUAAACGGUCAGCUGGCUGUCACCAGAGCACUUGGGGACUGGCAUCUCGAGGGCAUGAAAGAGAUGGGCGAGCCAGGAGGGCCCUUGAGCGCCGAACCAGAGCUCAAGAUGGUCACGCGGACAAAGGAUGACGAGUUCUUGAUAAUCGGUAGCGACGGCAUCUGGGACUUCUUCUCGAGCCAGAACGCCGUGGAUUUCGCGCGGCGGAAGCUCCAAGACCACAACGACCUGAGGCUGUGCUGCAGGGAGAUUGUCGACGAGGCGAUACGGCGGGGCGCCAGGGACAACCUGACGGCGGUGAUGGUCUCGUUCCACCAGGACACCCCUCCCCAGAGCAGAGCGAACAGGACUAGGGACAGCAGGGUCGCGCGGAACAUAUCCGCCGAAGGGCUUCACAGCCUCAGAGUGCUCCUGGAAGGCCAGUGA